GGAAGAAGAGUGGUGGGAAAUUUGACAGUGCGCGAAACAUUGUUGUGCUCGACUGAAGGAGAAUUCAUCGAAAGAGUCAAUAAAUGGAAAUAUAUUAGUGUUUACACGACAUGGACCGGUACGUGUUGGUUAUAUCAUUCUGCCAAACUGAUGAAGACCUUGCGGAAGACUUUAAAUGUCUGCAGCCAGUGAAACACAUUUAUGACAGAGUUCUGGACAUCUCAUGUCAGGGAUCAAAGAGAGGGACCUCUGUGUUUCCAGCUUGUUCUCUCAGUGGCAGCCCUUCAGCUCAGAGGUGGCACUUUGCUGUUCAGGCUAUCCAAGAAGUAACACAGUUUUGCAGCUCAGACUGGGAGGAGGUGAGGACAGGCCAUCACAAAACGGACAGCGAGGAGGAGACGCCCUCUGCUCUAGAGUCAUGUCUCAGUUUUCUCAGUAAUCAGGAUUCGCAGGAGCAGCCCAUACUGACAGAGCUGUUAGAGGAGGCUGCAGAUGGACUGCAUCUCCUGACAGACAAGCUGCCGCCUCCAGGUAAAGCCUUGCUGGAUGUGUUGGUGCUGGGCUCUGCAGAGCAAUCCCCGCCUAUUAAAGACCUGCUGCCUCUGCUGGGAGCGCUCAAACACAUGUCCUGCUGGCACGCUGCUAACAUCACUGUGGUCACUCAGCACACCACUGGCUGGCAGAAUACGGCGUCUUACCUAAGUGCUGGUCUGAUGGCGCCCUCUGACCUGGACGUCUGUAUCAGUCAUCAAGAACUAUGGAGAGGUAGCCUGGUUAUCAGAGAGAAGAAGUACGUGUCAGAGCUCCGUUUCGAUGGUUUUUCUCUGCGCUCUCCAGUGAGUAAGAUGUCCGACUGCAGUCUCUUAGAGUCUCUGUGCACAAUGAAAGACCGCAAACUACAUCCUGAGGUCUUCCAUUACUACGCAUCAGAUUUCGAGUUGGUCCAGUUGGUCGACCUGUCAGACCUGCCAGUGUUUCUGAUCUCCACUACUCAAUUUGAACUGAGCCUGUCUGGAAAGUCAAUGAAAUCUAAACUUCUGUUAGAGCAGCUGAGAUCGCUGCGUGGAAAGGUUGGAGCUUUGUUCAGCCUCUCUUGUAUAAUCACGCCAGUCGCCCAGCCUGCAGCCAGCCAGCUCAGCUCCCAGCGCUGGAGAGAGUCUAUAGCCAGGAGACCAAAGUCCUUCCCCGUCCCUGAUGUAGAGGUGAAAGGUGAGAGCGCUCACUACUUCCUGUUGGUCCAGGGCUCUGAUGACAUUGCGAGUGGAGCCUGCAGGGUCACCAUGUUGCACUCAGACAUCCAAAUCAAUGGAGCGGCUGCCAUGGCAACCGUCUCUGGGUUGCUGAGAGAGAAGUCAUUGUCACCAUCAGGAGGUUCUCAAAGCAACGUCCUCUGCCCCCUGCCUUGUCUCCAAGGAGACAGCCUGCUGAAGAGAGAGAAGAAGGUGACCCGGGUCCAGACACUCGUACUCAAAGAAUAUCUCAGACGGAAAGAAGAAGCAUCGGCCUCAACCUUAAUACCCGUCAACGACUUAAAAGUCAUUCUGAGUUUGGCCAGAGAACAAUACCUGAAGAUGAUCGAUGCCAAGCUGCCUUCUGCUGCCACUUGUCUGACUGACGAGCAAGAGAGCACCCCGGACAAGAACUCAGGAUUGCAGAGCGUUUCCAACCUGCAGGCUGACUGGCCUGAGAGGAGCGUCCUCCACAACAUAGAGAACCUGCAGAGGAGACGACAGAAGAGGAGAUUGGGUCUGAUGGGUCCAGGCUCUAGCGACAGUCUGUUGGGCCCCAAAGAUGGACAAAAGGUCUCCUCGACUUUACUGGACGCCAGAGAACUUCUGAAACACUUCACAUGUGAUGGUCGGCCCACUGGGGAGCUGCAACCUCUGGCCGUUAAUAGAGGGAAUAACGUGUUCCAGUUGUCCCCAGACCUUUCUCCGGGACGAGUCAGCCAGAUGCCCUUUAACACAGUCUCAGCCUCACAUUACCACGGCAUAGAAUUCUGCCUUGACAACCAGCGGUCUUUGGACAGAGACCAGGCCUUUAUGAAACUCCAGUCUCGUCUGAUUCGGUACGAGACCCAAACCACCUGCUCCAAAGAGCCCUGUGCCCUCCCCUUCGCUCUCAGCCCCGCUCCCUCUCCUGCUGUGAUGUCAGAACCAGGAAGCGUGCCUGACGGAGAGACUCUGCAGAACGCUGAUGUCGCUCGCCUGAAGCGCAGGUCGUGGGACACGGAUGCUAUCGGAGGUUAUCCUCGUAAGAGGCUGGUGAAGUCAGAGAGCAGCGACUCCCUCUGCUCUCAGAGCAGCGGCAGCAGCGGGACACACCCUGCUGUUAGGUCUCUACGGCAACAACCAAGCAGGUCCCAGUCCACAUCCUCAACCAUGAGCCCCUCUUCUUCCUCAGCAACAAGACGGACACCCUCAGGUUUAGUGACUCUUUCUUCUGCUGACAAACCAAAUGCUCAACAACAGAAGACACAUCCUGGACAAACAGAGGACAAGAUGUCCAAAGAGUCACGCUCCCAGAAACACAACAGGAUGCUGCUGGAGGUUGUAGCUAAAACCCUCAAACACCACGGGAUCACUGGCGAGCACAAGUGCUUUGAGGCCUGCAGCAAAAGACUGUUUGAUAUCUCCAAAUUCUAUCUCAAGGAUUUAAAGACGUCUCGGGGUCUGAAUGACGAGAUGAAGAAGGCCGCCAGCAUCAACGUUAAACAGGUCAUCGACUGGGUGUUGGAGAAGAGCUCGAAGAAGUAGACACAGUUUUAGGAAAGGGUGGAACAUUUUUAUUUUUUAAUGUCUUAUUGGUUUUAUUGGUUUGAGAAGGAUCCACAAAAUGAUCAUGUCUGAUAUUUCUACACAAAGUGCAGUCAAUUUGUAAUGCAAAGUCUAUUUCAAUGGACUUUUAAUUUAUUUUAUUGUUUCUUUUCUUAGGGCAGUUAUGUAGCAAGGAGUCAUUUUCUUCUGACUUGUGUUCAUUUUAUCUGUUUGUCCAGAGCUGUGAAACAGAAAGUCAAAGUUGAAGCGUUAGCCGUCAGCUCCUACUGCAGCACGGAGAGGUUACAGUUGUCUUUUCUUUGUAGCUGUCUUUAAAUAUAAUUUUAAACCCUUUCCUUUUUAUUGGUUUUGUUUCUUAAUACAGUAUAAUAAUACUUUUAUGGCUCUAUGGUUCAACAUUUUUAAGUUCUUUGUUUCACAUUUUAUUUUUUGUAGCACAAUAAAGUGUUUUUGAACCUCA